CAUAAGUAUAUAAUAUCUAUAUCCUGUGUACUUCUGGAAAAUCUGGAUUGAAUAAAUAGAUCAAAAUGCCUUGUUUUUCGGGAAGGAGGCGAGAGCGGGAGCCCAUGUAUUUUGAGGACCGGUAUAGCCGUCGGAUCUUCAUCAGUCGGGUAUUGAUGAUAGUGGCCAUCAACUUACUCGUGACCACGCUGAUAAUGACUUUCUGUGUGUUCCAUAUGGGGGCAAGGAAGUUCCUACUGAAGCACUGGUACAUAGGGUUAGUCGGAAUGGGUAUUAUAUUGAUAUUUUCCUUUAUGAUUUGCUGCUGCUCCUUCCUGUUCCGGAGCUCGCCAUGCAAGUACAUAUUACUGGUAAUAUAUGUGUUGGCCCAUUCCACUGUGGUUUGCAGUGCAGCGGUUCGAUAUCAACCGAAACUGGUUUUUAUAGCCGUGGCCAGCUGUGCUGCCAUUGUGGUGAUGCUGUGUCUGUUCGCCAGAUUUGCUCCUUGUGAUUUCACCGGAUGCUGGAUCUUCGUUUUCGUGUUAUCUCUAGUAGUUUUGAUCAUGGGAAUAGUGGCCAUUUUCUUCCCAACCAUACGUAUAGUGUACGCCUCGCUGGGAGUGCUCCUAUUCUGUGUGUAUAUAGUGAUUGAUGUCCAAAUGAUAAUUGGCGGCGGAACCCACAAAAACGAGUUCGACGAAUCGGAUUAUGUAUUGGCUGCCAUGUCACUAUACAGCGACAUUGUAUUCCUCUUCCUGUAUUUACUAGACCUAAUUGGUUUGAUAGAUGAUUAAAAAUAAAUGUGUUUAUAUAGAGCUU